AUGGCGAACGAUGAAUAUGAUUUCCUCUUCAAAGUCGUCCUAAUUGGAGACUCCGGCGUCGGAAAGUCCAAUCUACUGAGCCGCUUCACGCGCAACGAGUUCAACCUCGACUCCAAGUCGACCAUCGGCGUCGAAUUCGCCACACGCUCCAUCCAGGUCGACGCCAAGACCAUCAAAGCGCAGAUCUGGGACACGGCGGGGCAGGAGCGCUACCGGGCCAUCACGUCGGCGUACUACCGCGGCGCCGUGGGCGCGCUCCUCGUCUACGACAUCAGCAAGCACCAGACGUAUGAGAAUGUCACGCGGUGGCUGAAGGAGCUGAGAGACCAUGCGGACUCGAAUAUUGUGAUUAUGCUUGUGGGGAACAAGAGCGAUUUGAGGCAUCUGAGGGCGGUGCCGACGGAGGAGGCGAAGCAGUUUGCUAGCGAGAACAACCUGUCGUUCAUCGAGACCUCUGCUCUGGACGCCAGCAACGUAGAGCUAGCGUUCCAGAACAUCCUGACUGAGAUCUACCGGAUUGUCUCCAGCAAAGCCCUUGAUCAAGGCGAAGCCUCCCAAGCGCCGAUCGGCACACGCCAAACGCUCCAGAUCAGCCAAUCGAGCGACACCGAGGCGAAGAAGAGCGGGUGCUGUUAG